AGGCCUAAUCAGUCGGUCGGAUAAAGAGUGAAAUGUAAAUUAGCCAAUGAGAGUUAGACAGAGCAGCUGGAUAUAAUUUAGACUAGCCAAUCACAAUAAUGCCAUAGAGUGGAAUCUGCAGUGGAAUAUGCCGGAACAUUGGCAGUGCAUCCUGGACCAGCAUGUGAGAGAAAUGGACAAAGAGAGUGAGAAGUGGGCCAGAAUUCUGUGGGACUACCUUUGUCUGCCCCAUUCUCUGGAAAAGAGUGAUGUCAUAAUAGGCCUGGGUUGCCAUGAUGUGCGUGUGGCGGAGAGGUCAGCCGCUCUCUUCCUGGAAGGGUGGGCUCCUUGGCUGCUCUUCACUGGUUACCAAGGCAACCAGACUGCAGGUGUGUGGUCGAGGCCAGAGGCUGACGUGUUCCUGGAUGUGGCUCUGAGGAUGGGAGUGCCCAGGGUGAACAUACUGCUGGAGACAGAGGCCACCAACACUGGAGACAACAUCUGCUUCUCAUACAGGCUCCUCAAGGAGAGAAACAUCCCAGCCAACAGGGUGAUCCUGGUCCAGCAGCCCUUUAUGGAGCGCAGGGUCUCUGCAACAUUCCUGCGCCAGUGGCCUGACCAAGGGAAACACACGCAUGCCAUCGUUACCUCCCCCCAGAUGGGCAUCUCUGCCUACCCCCAUCCCACUGUGGGCACUGCCACGGACCUCAUCACAUACAUGCUAGGUGUUCUAGAGAGGAUCCGUGACUACCCACAGAAAGGUUUCCAGGUGGAGCAGGAGAUCACACCCAGUGCUCUCUCUGCCUACCACUGGUUCCUGCAGGCUGGCUACAUUCCCAAGACAAUGACCCAAAACACACCUCCAGGCUGUGCAAGGGCUAUUUGACCAAGAACGAGUGAUGGACCCCCACAUUUUUUGCAAAAAAAUAAUAACAUUCUUUAGGCUUGCCUGUUUUGCAUGUUAUUUUGGUAUUAAUACAUGUCACACAUAUAUAUUAUAUAUACAUUAUAUAUAUAUAUAAUUUGAGUUAAUAAAAC